AUGAAAAAAGAAUUUGCAAUAAAUAGUUUAAGAUUGUGGCGGUCAGAAAACUGGACACCAUAUGGAACAGAAUCUAAAAAUUUGUUUGUAAGAAUGCACAUAGAUCAACUACUAAUUACUUCGGGCGAUGAGAUAUUAGAAUCUCUGAACAUGAAUGGAAAAAUAAAAGGCGUAUAUAAAGAAGACGUUUUGUUAUUAGUGGUAACAGAACACCCAAAAGAGGUGCGAAAGAUCAAAUUUCGAAUACAAAACAAUGCAGUUAAAGUUUUGCGACACCUCGGGGAGCACUUUCCUAUAACUAAGUACCAGAGUACAAAAUUUCAUAAGAAAAUGAAAUAUCGCAAAAUAGAUGAACACAUUCACAAGACCAUAAAAAGGAUACAGAAUGAAAAUUUUUCAUCUUUUCAACUGCCGAAGUCAUAUGACGAGUUUAUUAAGAUAUGUCUUUUAGAUCCAGCUUUUCCAAAACUUAUUACGGAAACCCAAAAUAUUAUCAACUCUAAAGGAUUUCUUGAAACAAGUGGAAAGCAAUAA